AUGGAAAGCUGCAGUCCACUGAAACCUGGAUAUUAUACCGUUGAGCUCAAUAAGACAAUAUGGAUUGUGCCUGAAUACUAUCAAAAUCUAACACCGGUUGGCACCGGAGCUUAUGGAACUGUAUGCGCUGCUGAAUGUCGAAUAACUGGCGAAAAAGUGGCCAUCAAAAAAUUUUCACGGCCUUUCCAAAGCGCAAUACAUGCUAAACGGACUCAUCGUGAAUUGAAAUUACUUCGUGCAAUGAAUCAUGAAAAUGUUAUUGAUAUGACUGACGUAUUUACGCCUGAUCUUAAUAUUACUUCUUUCUAUUUUGUGUCGAUUUUAAUGGGGGCUGAUUUGUCGAAUAUUUUGAAGAUACAACGAUUGAGUGAUGAUCAUAUUCAAUUUCUUGUUUUUUCUUCUGCUUCCACAUUAUUGUAUUAUUCAGGGCUCAUACAUCGUGAUUUGAAGCCGUCAAAUAUCGCAGUUAAUGAAGAUUGUGAACUCAAAAUUCUCGAUUUCGGUUUAGCUCGGCAAACUGAUAGUGAAAUGACAGGGUAUGUAGCAACUAGAUGGUAUAGGGCACCAGAAAUAAUGUUGAAUUGGAUGCAUUAUACUCAAACAGUCGAUAUUUGGUCGGUGGGCUGCAUAAUGGCUGAACUUAUCACUGGUCGAACACUUUUCCCUGGCACUGACCACAUCGAUCAGUUGACACGUAUUAUGAAUGUCGUUGGGACCCCAAAUGAAGAAUUUUUAUCAAAAAUUCAGUCCGACGAAGCACGUAACUAUAUUAAAAACCUUCCAAAAACACCAAGAAAGGAUUUCAAAAAACUUUUUCCAAAUGCUUCUAGUGCAGCAAUCGAUUUGCUGGAAAAAACAUUAAAUCUGGAUCCGGAUUACCGGCCAACUGCAAGCGAAGCCAUGGAGCAUCCUUAUUUAAACCAGUAUCACGAUCCUACCGACGAACCAGUAUCUCCUCCACUGGAUGUUGAUGUUGAAGGUUUUUAUACAAUGAAACUAUUGUUUAAUAAAAUAAUAUUUGGUUUUUUUUUAUUUGUUUUAUUUUGUUUUAUUUUAGGUGACUUAACUAUUGAACAGUGGAAAGAACUGAUUUGGAAGGAAAUUCACGAAUUUCAAGAAGAGCGGAAACAGCACUUGGACUCCAGUAAGGUCCAUCCUAUGAAUUAA